AUGGCCGUCCUCCGCUCUUUGAUUGCUGCAACCGCUCUUCUCGGAGCCGCAGCGAACGCUCAAGUUGUAGGCACACCAUUCGGUUUUGGGUCAGGUGCCACUGGUGGUGGUGAUGCAUCUCCCGCCGCCCCGGCGGACACAGCAGAGCUCACAGAGUGGCUCUCCGAUGACGAGCCCCGUGUCAUUCUCAUUGACAAGGAGUUCAACUUCCUUGGUGAUGAGUGCACUGACUGCGAGUGCUGCAUUCCCGACUCCAACACCUGCGGUGAGUCGGGCCAGAAUGCCAUUGACACCGGCAUCGGCUGGUGUGAUGGCUCCGAAUCCACAACCUGCUCGUACGACAACGCCGGCCUGGACGGCCUUGAAGUAGGCCCUAACAAGUCCAUUGUUGGUGUUGGCGAUGCCGGUGUCAUCCGUGGUAAGGGUCUGCGCAUCCACAGCACCGAGAACGUCAUCGUCCAGAACAUUCAUAUCACCGAGCUCAACCCUCAGUACAUCUGGGGAGGUGAUGGUAUCUCCCUCGACGGCUGCGACAAGAUCUGGAUCGACCACGUUAAGAUCUCCCUGGUCGGCCGCCAGAUGAUUGUCACUGGAUAUGAAUCAAGUGGAAGCGUCACCAUCUCCAACAGCGAGCUCGACGGCACCACCGACUGGUCUGCCUCCUGCGACGGACACCAUUACUGGACUGUCCUCGCCCUCGGCGAAAACGACAAGGUCACCUUCGCCAACAACUACAUCCACACAACCUCCGGCCGUGCCCCCAAGGUCGGCGCCCCCAGCUUCUGGCACGUCGUCAACAACUACUGGUCCGACAACACCGGCCACGCCUUUGACGUCGAAGAAUCCGGCACAAAUGUCUUCAUCGAGGGCAACGUCUUCGAAGACGUCAAAUCCGCCUUCAACGACGAGGGCACCGGCGCCAUCUUCGCCGUCGACUCCAGCUCCGAAUCUACUUGCUCGUCUGCCAUCGGCCGCACCUGCAUCGCUAACCAGCUCACGAGCUCCGAGUCCGUCGCCGUCGCCGACGAGGCUGUCCUGUCUGCUUUCCCCGCCGACGAGGAGGGCGAGCUCAGCCUCCUUGCUGUCGACGAGGUCGCUUCCUAUGUCCAGGCUAACGCCGGUGUCGGCAAGCUUUCUGCCAACGGCAAUGUCACCCCUGGAAGCAGCAGCGCCGGUGUCAGCCCUAGCACCAGCGCUCCCAUUCCUUCUAGCACGCCCGUUGCGUGGCCGACGCCUACUGCUCGUGCUGUCCGCUUUGCUCAGCCUGCGCGUGAGGGCAUCUCUGUCAACUCUGAGAAGUCACACCGCGGUCAGAAGAAGCGGUUCCACAGGAACUAUUAA